AUGGAUCAGGAGAAUCUGCCCCUGAAACUACCUCGCCUACCUCGUUGUGCCUCGCCGACCCUGUCCGCUACUGCCCGCUGGCAGGCAGUGGUCCACCGAGAUGCAACAGCCGUAUCAUUUGUGUACGCUGUAUUAACGACCAAAAUAUAUUGCCGACCAUCAUGUCCAGCUCGUCUCGCCCGGAGAGCAAAUGUCCAAUUUUACGACACGCCCUCGCAGGCCGAAAAAGCAGGUUUCAGACCCUGUAAGCGCUGCAAACCCCAAACCCUGUUAGCGGUUAAUCCCCAGGCCCAAAUGAUUCAGAGGGCAUGUAAAACCAUCCAGGCAGAGAUAGCAACUGGGUCCAAACCAACAUUGCGGGAACUUGCCAAUCAGGCAUGCCUCACGCCAAGUCACUUCCAUCGGGUGUUCAAAAAGCUCGUAGGCGUCACGCCCGGGCAAUACGCGGUUGCCAUUCUCAAGGGUGACCCUAGGGGUCCCCUGGAUGACUGCAGCCGAAAUUUGAACAUUACGGAAUUGAAACCAUGGGGUACGGGCUCCAAUAACCAUAAGCCCUUCCUGUCUAGCGGCUUGGAGGGUGCUCAUAGAUUCAAUUCUGGAGAUACUAUGCACUGGAAUGAUUUUGACACUUUGAUAGCCGCGGAGGCUGAGAUUGAGUCUGAGUUUGAUGCCCAGUUUAUGGAGGACUUCAUCUUGUUACCCAUGGAAGAUGCCGCUGGUGUCGCUGAGCACCAUGGCAAAGAUAUAGGGGAUGUCCUGGUGCAACACAAACAAACAAGUCGCCUGGACGGGGCCAUUCACCCUGCAGGCGUGGAGACUGUCAUGCCAUGCUGA